AAGGAACGAGUGCAAUUGAGCGAGCUCACACGAGCCACAUACUAUGAGGGACAGAUCAUCAAGGUCAUCCGGUCAGGCAUCCUCGUCGAUGUGCAGGCGAUGACGCCUGGCUUGGUCCGCUGGAAGUCCCUCCGCGGGGUGCCGAGGAAGCUCCUGAAAAAGGGGGGCUUCUUGGCCAACCUCCGCGUGCAGAAGGUGGAUGAGGAUGCACAGAAAUUGUGCUUGACUUUUCAUGGUUUGGGCUUCGGCCACGACACGGUGGAGGAGUGCAAUUACGAGGCCAUCAAGUGCCGCGUCCUCUCCUGGGCCGCCACUCCGGCGGAG